AAUUUAAAAUGCAAUUGGUGAACUUCCUGUGGAUUGGUCUGUUGACGAUCCCGCAGGCAUUCGCCUUGGAUGCAUGUGCUGGACAAAAUUUUGGAUAUAAAGCAGUCGAUCCAGCUGAUCCCCAUGCAUACUACUUGUGCCUGGGCUUGGUGGGCAAAGUAAGAAAUACUUGUGCGGAGGGAUAUCGCUUUAAUGUGCAAGGACAAAACUGUGCAAAAGUCCAGCUGCCAAGCGAUCCUGCCCCAAGUGCAGCCAGCGGGCCCAAUAAUGAGUUCAAUAUAAAUCAGAACAUAACCCUUGAUAGGCCAAUCAUUUUCAAUAUCUUCGGCUACCUGUUUAAUCGACCCCCGAAGCCACAUUUCCCCACAACAACGCCACCAUCAAUCGGAACUACCACUAAAGCUCUUCCCGAAGAGAAUGAAUCCACGACAAUAACUCAGUUACUUCCAAAAAGUACAACACACGGUAUAAAUACCACUCCUGAUGGACUCGACACUUCUACUCGAAGCUCAACUCCCGGGUCUCUGCAGUCUACCGCGACAAUAACUCAACCAUCAGAAACUUCUACCGAGAUCUCUAGUUCCAGCAGCGAAGCCUCAUCUUCCUCAGCUGAGAGUUCUACUGAGAGCUCUCGAUCAAGUUCUGAGGGCUCUUCUUCUAUUGAAACAACGGAACCUUCAGAAAGUUCUACCAAAAGCUCUACUGAGAUUUCCAGUUCCAGUUCCGAAGCCUCAUCUUCUUCUGCAGUAACGGAUCAAACAGAGAGUUCAACUGAGAGCUCUGCUGAGAGUUCCAGUUCCAGCUCGGAAGCCACAUCUUCUUCCCCAGUCACGGAUCCAUCAGAAAGAUCCACUGAGAGCUCUAGUUCCAGUUCCGAGGAACCAUCAGAAAGUUCCACUGAAAGCUCUAGUUCAAGCUCCGAGGGCUCAUCUUCAGCAGUAACGGAACCAUCAGAAAGUUCUACUGAGAGCUCCAGUUCUAGUUCGGACGCCUCAUCUUCCUCUGCAGUAACGGAACCAUCAGAAAGUUCCACUGAAAGCUCCAGUUCCAGUUCCGAAGCCUCAUCUUCUUCUGCAGUAACGGAUCAAACAGAGAGUUCAACUGAGAGCUCUGCUGAGAGUUCCAGUUCCAGCUCGGAAGCUUCAUCUUCUUCAGCAGUCACGGAUACAUCAGAAAGUUCCACUGAAAGCUCUAGUUCCAGUUCCGAGGAACCAUCAGAAAGUUCCACUGAAAGCUCUAGUUCAAGCUCCGAGGGCUCAUCUUCGGAAGUAACGGAACCAUCAGAAAGUUCUACUGAGAGCUCCAGUUCCAGUUCCGAAGCCUCAUCUUCAGCAGUAACGGAACCAUCAGAAAGUUCUACUGAGAGCUCCAGUUCUAGUUCGGACGCCUCAUCUUCCUCUGCAGUAACGGAACCAUCAGAAAGUUCUACUGAGAGCUCCAGUUCCAGUUCCGAAGCCUCAUCUUCAGCAGUAACGGAACCAUCAGAAAGUUCUACUGAGAACACCAGUUCCAGUUCAGAAGCCUCAUCUUCUGCAGUAACGGAUCAAACAGAGAGUUCAACUGAGAACUCUGCUGAGAGUUCCAGCUCCAGCUCGGAAGCCUCAUCUUCUUCUGCAGUAACGGAGCCAUCAGAAAGUUCAACUGAUAACUCCAGCUCUAGUUCCCAAGCUUCAUCCUCCACUGAGAGUUCUAGUUCCAGUUCCGAGGAACCAUCAGAAAGUUCCACUGAGAGCUCUAGUUCCAGUUCCGAUCCCCCAUCUUCAGCAGUAACGGAACCAUUGGAAAGUUCUACUGAGAGCUCCAGUUCCAGUUCCGAAGCCUCAUCUUCUUCGGAAGUAACGGAACCAUCAGAAAGUUCAACUGAGAGCUCCAAUUCCAGUUCCGAAGAACCGUCAGAAAGAUCCACUGAGAGCUCUAGUUCCAGUUCCGAGGAACCGUCAGAAAGUUCCACUGAGAGCUCGAGUUCCAGUUCCUAUGCCUCAUCCUCUUCUGCAGUAACGGAUCAAACAGAGAGUUCAACAGAGAGCUCUACUGAGAGUUCCAGUUCCAGUUCGGAAGCCUCAUCUUCUUCAGCAGUAACGGAACCGUCGGAAAGUUCCACUGAGAGCUCUAGUUCAAGCUCCGAGGAACCAUCAAAAAGUUCCACUGAAAGCUCUAGUUCAAGCUCCGAGGGCUCAUCUUCUAAACUAACGGAACAAUCAGAAAGUUCUACUGAGAGCUACAGUUCCAGUUCCGAUCCCCCAUCUUCAGCAGUAUCGGAACCAUCAGAAAGUUCUACUGAGAGCUCUAAUUCCAGUUCCGAAGAACCGUCAGAAAGAUCCACUGAGAGCUCUAGUUCCAGUUCCGAGGAACCAUCAGAAAGCUCCACUGAGAGCUCUAGUUCCAGUUCCGAGGCCUCAUCUUAUUCUACGUUAACGGAUCAAACAGAAAGUUCUACAGAUAACUCCAGUCCAUCGCCUUCAUCCGCUGAACCAGAAGCAGCUGAGUCCCCUACCGUUGCUUCUGCUGAAGCAGCACUUCAACUUCUUCCAAUUGGUUUAAAUGCUGGAAAACCCGGUGAGGGAUUAAAAAAGACAUUGUUGACACCAAUAGCGCUUGGAGCUACAUUUUCCACUGCUGGAACCAAAGAAAGUUCAUAUUGCGCCCUUCUGCCAAAUGGUGCAUACAUAAGAAACCCAAAGUCCUGUAGUAAAUUUUAUGUUUGUGCAAAUGGAGGCUCCAUUUCUCGAAAGUGUCCUGGAAAUCUCUAUUUCGAUAUAGAAAAGAAUAUUUGCAAUUUCCCCAGUCUUGUAGAUUGUUCCAAGCAACAGCAACUAUUCUCUAAUGCCGUUGGCAUUAGCUCGAAGAACUUGUCAACUUCUGAUGGGCGGAAACCAUCCUUGGACGCACCAUCGACAACUGAAGCAAUAAGUGAAGCUUCAGAGAAUAUUUCAACCGACAAUAAUAGCUUAUUAUCAGAUAAUCCAUUAACAGUCUCUGCAAUUACGGGACUUCCGUUGGGUAAUGCAACCGAAGAGCGCACAAAACUGAGUUCUGCGGAAGAUGACAGCUCAAAAGUAACAAAAGCAACUACAGGGAUUGGAUUGCAAGGCUCUAAACAUAUUGCACCAGCUGCACCAGCAAUCGAGGACCUUAAACAGUUCAAACCUACGAGCCCUAAGCAAGGCAUACGCGAAAUGAAUCCUGAGCUGCCUCCAACGAAAAUUGAGGAAAGGUCAGUCUGCAGUUCUCUACCAAAUGGCGCCUAUCUAAGGGACUCCAAGUCAUGUAGCAAAUUCUAUAUAUGUGCCAAUGGCCACGCGAUUUUGCGUAGCUGCCCAAAAAAUCUGUAUUUCGACAUGAAGAAAAAGGUUUGCAAUUUUCCCCAGCUUGUGGAAUGCUUAAGCAGCGAAGACCAAAGUAACAAUUAUAGAAAUCCAUUCCCAAAACCCAAUAAAAAUCUGGAUGGUGUUCGUAUCGUUAAAACGUCGAGUACUGGAAGCGCAUUGCGUUCGCCUUCUAAACCAAAAGUAUCCAAAAAAUCGGAGGAGGAAGGCUCCCCAUUAGCCAGCAGCUUCCAAAAAAAUGUUGUGUCCAGCUCAAAGGUUAUAAGAUAUCCGAGUGCAUCCGCCGAUCAGAGUUACACCAGCUCCAAGAAAACUCAGAUUCCUGCAGCACCAAAACUACAGCAGGGCAAAUCAAUUGUAGCUGGGCAUAUUAAGUCUCAAGACACGGAAAUAAGUUCCCUUAAAAAGGUUGUGUCCAGCUCAAAGGUCAUAAAGUCUCCGAGUGCAUCCACCGAUCAGAUUAACAGCAGCUCCAAGAAAAUCCAGAUUCCCGCACCAAAAGUACAUGAAGGCAAACCAAUUUUAGCUGGGCAUAUUAAGACUCAAGAAGCGGAAAUAAUAAGCUCGACGAAAACAAAGUUGUACAAGAAACCAGCUAGACUACCCAGCACUGGGCACAGGAUUAUAGCAAGAGAACCCACGUUCGUGCCUUCAGGCGUGGAGAGUUCAGACUGCAGUUUCCUGCCAAAUGGAGCUUUCAUAAGAGAUUCAAAGCUGUGCGGCAAGUUUUACGUGUGUGCAAAUGGUCGUGCCGUACCCAAAAACUGUCCAGGAAUUCUUUAUUUCGAUAUCCAGAAGAGGGUCUGUAAUUUCCCCAGCCUGGUGGACUGCAGAAACAACAAUAAUGUACACACCGCAGCUCCAGUCGAACCUUCGACCUCCGCUACCCUGCCGCCAAGCACACCAAUCCCGGAUUGUAGCUCCCUGCAAAAUGGCGUCUAUCUAAGGCAUCCAAAUUCGUGUAGCAAGUUUUAUGUGUGUGCGAAUGGCCGUGCCAUACCUAGAGAAUGCCCCAAAGGCCUUUAUAUAGACACUGAGAUCAAAUAUUGCGAUUUCCCCAGUCGAGUGACAUGCUCCCUAGAUGCUCCACAGAUCCCAAGCCGUGCUCAGGGUCUAGCAAAUAUUGCAGCAACAGCUCUUGGAGAGCCCGACUGUAGCGACCAGGCCGAUGGAACCACUCUGCGCGCCUCGAAACAGUGUAAUAAGUAUUAUAUCUGCGUAAAGGGAACUCCAACUACCCAUUUCUGUGCGCCUGGCAAAUGGUUUGACCUCAAUCGCCGGGUCUGUGACCCAAAGCGCCUGGUCGACUGCAGUAAUUGAGUGGGCAGAGCUCAUUAUAUAUAACUCUAAUGAAGAACAGUAUUAUGGAUUAUGUACAUGGUAUAAUAGGUGAAGGGCUAUACUAUCAAUUUGAAUUAGGGGCGCAUACUAGCUUUAGCAUAUAUUAUAGAAUUGGUUAUGGUGUUUGUUACGUAUAAGGAAAUGGACAAUGUUAUCCAGUGUAUUCCGACAAAAGUAUUUACAUUACUUAAUGUCUUCUACAGGGAAUAAAUCAAAUAUUUUAA